UUAGCUCCUGCAGGCAGGCACAGAGUAGAGAGUGAAGUUGAAAAAAGUUGGAAAGACUACCCUUCAGGCAUCCGAACAAGUCUGGGCUGCAGUGACAGGGACGGCUCAACAAGAGAAGUUAUUUAAAAAAAUAUAUAAAUAAAACAAGCUGUGCAACGCCUACGUGCUAAUUCAGAGAAGAACAUCGUAUCAAUCUCGUGCCCGUUACUUUUGCAGAGGGAGAAAGCUGGAUGACAGAAACUGAAGAGCAGGCACCGUUCAUUCAGAGCAAAAAUACUGUAGGCUAUGUGCUUUUAAAUUCCUCUUCAACUGAGGAAUUCAACUGAACGCAAGAAAGAAAGACGGUUGGAUUAUGAGAGGGGAAGUAGAAAGGUUGUGAAGAUGUGGAGCUGGCUAAUUCCACUGACUGUGCUGCUCUCCUCUGUACCUCGGGCUGAAACACAAGGACGUUGUAAUAACAUACAAGCGGCAGACAUUGUGUUCCUGGUGGACGGCUCUUCCAGUAUUGGCCGUGCAAACUUCCUGCAGGUGAAGGGGUUUAUGGCUGGCAUUGUGAAACCCUUCAAUGGCGCAGUCAGUGCCACUGGGGUCAGAUUUGGGGCCGUGCAGUACAGUGACACCUCCAGAGUGGAGUUCACCUUCACCACAUACUUGAAUGGGACGGAGCUGGUCAGUGCGGUGGAGAACCUGAACUACAAGGGGGGCAACACGCGAACUGGGGCUGGACUCAAGUUUGUUGCAGACAACUUCUUUAGUGCAUCUGCAAUCCGGGAUGUUCCAAAGAUUGCAAUCUUGAUCACUGAUGGGAAAUCCCAGGAUAGUGUGAGGGAUCCUGCUCAGAAGCUCCGCAGUCUGGGGGUCAAAUUGUUUGCUGUGGGUAUAAAGAAUGCUGAUGAGGCGGAGCUGGCUCUGAUAGCCUCAGAGCCCAAACGUGACUUCUCCUUUUUCGUGGGGGACUUCAAGAUCUUGAGCACGCUGCUGCCCCUGGUGGCACCCCAUGUUUGUGCCAGCUCAGGGGGCGUCUACGCCAGUGACGACGCCUUCUCUGGUCCCUCUAACCUGCAGUUCUUAGUUGAGACCUUUGAUUCCCUGAAAUUUCGGUGGGCAGCAGCAUUGGGACCCGUGAAUGGCUAUGUUGUGCAGUACGUACCCCUUUCUGGACUUGGGCAGCCAAUCACAUCCGAGUUCCAACAGGAAACCGUGCCGGCAGGGCAGAAGACUUUCAUCGCACGGAACCUUAAAUCUGGCACAGAUUACUUGGUGACGGUCAUUGCUCAGUACCCAAACAGUGUUGGGGAGUCUGUCUCUGGAAAGGCCAGGACCAGGUCUCGCCCAGGCGUGUCAAACUUCCACGUGGUCCAGGCGGCGUUCUUCUCCCUCUCUCUUGCCUGGGAUGCUCCCUCCUCCCCAGCCCAGGGUUACAGGAUCACGUAUGGCCCCACAGGUCGUACGGUUACCCAGUUAUCUGAACAGUCUCUGGCCGCUGACUCUACCUCAGUCACCCUGGAGGGACUGCAGCCUGACACGGAGUAUGCCCUCAACCUCUACCCCCUUUUCCCGCAAAACUCUGUCUCCCCGGCAACACUGAAUGCUCGCACAUUGAGGCUGCAGGCCGUACAGCAGCUCUCCGUUCAGACUGUUUCUGAAGGCAGUGUCCGCGUGCUGUGGAAGGGAGUGGGCGGAGUCCGGGCUUACCGCCUGGUGUGGGGACCCUUCACAGGCCGUGAUGUGGAGAGCGUGGAGGUGCCGGGGGACAGUGAGUCUCACACCCUGACUAACGUGGAGCCGGACACGGAGUACAUUGUCACUGUCAUCGGAAUUUAUGACAACACUGAGGGGCCAGCAGCAACAGCCAGGUUCAAAAUAGACCAUCGGGAGCAGCAGGUUCUGCGGGCCACUACCACCGGGCCCACUACCAUCCGGCUGAACUGGAACGUGAUCCCGUCCGCACAAGGAUACCGUCUAGAGUGGAAGCAGGGGGAGGGUGGCAGAAUACAGAAACAGUCCUUUCUCAAAAGCACCUCCAGCUAUGAGCUGACAGGGCUCCAGCCGAGCACAGAGUACAUAAUCACCCUGUACACCCUCUACGAGGGCCGUGAAGAGGCCACGCCCCUCACCACUGAAAAACCAGAGGGACAACCUGUAGGCCGCAUAUCCAACCUGCAUGUGGUUGAAACUCUGGGCAACAUUGUUCGACUGGGGUGGACCGGCGUGGCUGGGGCAACUCAGUACCGCAUUAUCAUCUCAAACACUGAAACUGGGAGUCAAGAACCCCAUAGUAUCCCUGGCGAUCAAACGACCUUUCACGUGCAGGGGCUUUCAGAUGGUGUAUUGUAUGGAAUCAGCGUGACAGCGAUAGUGGGAGACAGUGAAGGGGACCCUGUCUCACUGGACAUCAGAGCAGAGCCAGCAGUGGACAGAGUAGAGAACCUGCGAGUGAUCAAUGUCAACAGCCGUCGCAUCAGGAUUGCCUGGACGAGGGUUCCCGGGGCAACCGAAUACAGGGUCACCUGGAGACAAGGAAAUUUUCCGGAGCAGUCCCGUGUUUUGGGGGCAGACGCCACUGCCUUCACUGUAGAAGGGCUGCAGCCUGAUGAUGCAGUGGUCAUUGGUGUUGCCGCUGUCAUUGGCCAACGCACUGGGGAUGUGGUGUCACUCACAACCAGGACCAGUCCGAAUGGCGGGGGCGUUGUCAAAGAGGUGCGACUGCUGGCCACAACGGCUCAAGGGAUACGUAUCGGCUGGACGCCUGUGCUCAGGGCGGCCGGCUAUAAGAUCACCUGGCGUCACGGAGAUGGUGUGGAAGAUUCCCGCAGAGUGCCUGGUGAUACCACUUCCUUCUCCAUUGAUGGCCUCCAGGAGAACACAGAAUACAGGGUGUCAGUGUCCUCUCUGAUUGGCUCAAAGGAGGGAACCCCCGCCUACCUGAACACUAAAACAGGUCUAGAGCAGGUUGUGGAAUCAGUAAAGGAUUUGCAGGUCCAGGAGACCCAUGGUGAGGUUGUGAGGGUAACAUGGGUUGGGGUCCAGGGAGCGACCAAGUACAUUGUUAUUUGGAAGCGCACUGAUGGGGGGAAGGAGAGAAGUCGGACGGUGGAGGGCAAUAUCACGUCGGUGGACCUGGAGCUGGACCCGGGGGUGCAGUAUGAGGUGCAGGUCAAGGCGCUGGUCCAUGAUCGAGAGGGAUCUCCCGUCACCAUCAGGGUGACCACGGAGGGAGCUUCUCCGGGGGUGGAGGGGGUGCAGGUGCUGGAAUCCACUCCGGAGACACUGCUUCUUUCCUGGAGGGGGCUGUCUGGAGUGUCCGGAUAUCGCAUCUACUGGAGAUCAUCACAGGGUGAAUCAGAACUGAGCCAUGUGGUUGGCAGAGACAUAACCUCGUUCACCCUGGAGGGGCUGCGGGCUGGAGAGCGCUACACGAUACGUGUGGCUGCUCUUUAUCAGGACAGAGAGGUCGAGUCCCACACCAUCACAGCCUCCACGGCACCCCUGCAGCCAGUGACGGACCUCCGUGUGGUUAAUAUUACCCAGAAUUCUAUGAUGCUGGGCUGGACUCCAGCGGUUGGUGCUACGGGGUACAUACUGCGCUGGAAGGAGGAGCAAGAUCGUAGGCAGGGGCAGUCUAUAAGGCUCCCAGACUUCUCCAGUUCAUUCAAUGUCACGGAGCUGCAGCUGGGACGCCAAUAUCGCUUCACCAUUCAGCCCGUCUACCAAACAGAGACAGGGCCAGAAUCUUUAGUUCGGGAACGCACAGUGUGCGUGGACGGCCGCCUGGAUCUGGUGUUUUUGGUCCCUGCCUCUCGGGACAAGACGGAGCUGGCUGAGGCUCUGCUGUCCCUCCUCACCAACGUGGCUGGGAUACUGCCCUCCAUCGGGCCCCGUGACUCACAGGUGGGGAUAGUAUUAUACAGCUCACUUUCCAGGGUGUUGUUCCUGCUCAGUCGACAUAGCUACAAGGAGAACCUGCUGCAAGAGAUCUUGGCCACACCCUUCACUGCAGAGCCAGGAAAUGCUGUUGGUCAGGGAGUGACAUACACCAGGGAGCUCCUCCUCCCUGCCUCUGCUGGUCGCAGACCUGGGGUCCGCGGGGUCCUGGUCAUCAUCACAGAUUCAAGGUCCACCGAUGACCUCAUUGCUCCUGCUGCUGCUGUCCAGGCUGCUGGGAUGACGGUCCUGGCGGUGGGGUUGGGACGUGCGGACACGGAGGAGCUGCGGCGGGCGGUGACUGACGGAAGCACGCAGAACGUUCUGUACGCGAGCGAUGUUGGGCAGAUGGGACGCGUGCAGUCAGACCUCGCAGGACUGCUGUGUGGGAUGGCACAGGGUCCUACAACUCCAGAGUGCGCAGUGCAGUGUCGCCAGGGAGAGAGAGGAGAACAAGGUGAAAAGGGGCAGCGAGGACGAGAUGGAACUAAUGGCCAGAAAGGGGAACCGGGUAGGGAUGGAUUUCCAGGGAGAGAUGGGCCCCGGGGCCCUGACGGCCGGCCAGGCCCGCCUGGCACUGGCACCACUGAGAGGUUUCCAGGGGAGAAGGGUGACAGGGGGUUUCCUGGAGUGGAUGGAAGCCCUGGCUUGCCAGGACGUACUGGGAACCCCGGCCCUCCAGGUGUGCUGGGUUCGCCUGGACCGCCUGGUGCCCGAGGAGACCCUGGCGCUCCGGGCAUCUCUGGUCCAGCAGGGUCAAAGGGUGAGAAAGGAGAGAGGGGGGACUUUGAGGUUGGUGAUAGAGCCCCAGGAAGGAAAGGAGAACCUGGGAUUCCUGGAAUACCGGGCUCCCCGGGUCGCCCAGGGUCUGAUGGGGCUAAGGGCAGCAUGGGACCCCCUGGGAUUCCAGGCCAGGAUGGUCGCCCUGGGAUACCGGGCACCCCUGGAAUAUCUAUCAAGGGGGACAAAGGCAGCACUGGAGAGAGGGGGCCACCAGGAGGGGGAAAUGGAAGAGGGGAAAAAGGGGAAAAGGGAGCGCCGGGGACUUCAGGAGCACCUGGGACCCCAGGCCCCAGAGGAAUAACAGGACUUACGGGGCCCAAAGGAGAGAAGGGAGAAAUUGGAGAGGGGUUACCAGGCCCUCCAGGUAGGGCAGGGGAGGCAGGAGACCGGGGUCCAAGGGGGCCUUCAGGGGAGAAUGGCAGUAAAGGUGACAGGGGUCAACCAGGUGAUCCUGGGUUACCAGGAGAGAGGGGCGAGAGGGGUAUUCCUGGCCUAGUGGGGGUGAAGGGGGAGCCAGGCAAGCCUGGCUUAACUGGGCCCGAAGGCCAAAGGGGUUUGGACGGGCUCAAUGGGUUGCCAGGGGAUAAGGGAAGUCAAGGAGCUCCUGGGCCGCCAGGGAGAAGCGGGCCAGGGGUGCAUGGGUACAAAGGUGAACGGGGUGAACCGGGUCUGCCUGGCCAGGAGGGUGCCAAAGGCUUGAAGGGGGAUCCUGGAGAGAAAGGUGAAAAAGGUGUUUCAGGAUUUGGGGCUCCAGGCCAGCCAGGACAAAGGGGUGAACCAGGAGAAAGGGGUAACCCCGGUUUAGCUGGCAAGCCAGGUGUUAAGGGAAGCCAAGGUGAAGCGGGAGAGCCUGGGGAAAAUGGGAGACAAGGAGCCUCAGGCCCCCCGGGGCCAAGAGGAAAAGAGGGAGAGAAAGGAGACAAGGGAGACGAAGGGGUUCCGGGGGAGUCUGGCCUGCCAGGGAAGUCUGGGGAGAGAGGCCUGAGGGGCUUGUCGGGUCAGCCUGGGCGACCAGGUGAAAAGGGUGACCCAGGAGAACCAGGAGAAAAUGGCCGUAAUGGGAGCCCUGGAUCUGCAGGGCCGAGAGGGGAAAAGGGAGAACUGGGAGCAACGGGGCAACCUGGACCCCCAGGGAGAGUGGCGGAUGUGCAAAAGCAGCUGAAAGGGGAGAGAGGAGAUAAGGGUGAUGCCGGUCAACCUGGGGAAAGUGGAGCUAAGGGUCCGAAGGGAGAUGUUGGGCCUCAAGGGCCCGCAGGACUUCGAGGUGCUGAUGGACAGAGAGGAUCUCCAGGGCCCAGAGGUGAUACGGGAGACAGAGGAAGCCCAGGAGAAAAGGGUGAGCGGGGUUCCUCUGGUCUGGACGGCCGCAAUGGACAGGAUGGUAAACCGGGUGCUGCAGGGCCCCCAGGACUCCGGGGGGAUCCAGGAAAGCCAGGAGAAGCAGGGAGAGAUGGCCUCCCAGGACAGAGAGGGGGUCAAGGUCCUAUAGGUCCAGCAGGGCCUUCAGGAAACGCUGGCAUACCAGGAAAACCAGGAGAUGAUGGGAAACCAGGUGUUCCUGGAAAGACGGGAGAAGACGGCACUCCAGGGGAGGACGGCCGAAAGGGUGAUAAGGGCGAGGCCGGGCCUUCGGGGCGAGAUGGACGAGACGGAUUGAAGGGGGAUAGGGGAAUAGCGGGACCAGCGGGUCCUUCCGGCUCCGCAGGGACCCCAGGGAACCCUGGCCCCAUUGGACCUCCAGGACAGGUGGUCUAUCUGAAAGGUGCAGAACCAGCACCUAUUCCGGGCCCCCAGGGGCCCCCCGGGACACCAGGGGUCCCUGGAAUCCAUGGAACUGCCGGGGCAAGAGGUGAGAAAGGGCCACCAGGGGCAAAAGGAGACAGGGGUGACCCAGGGGAAGAUGGGGGUCCAGGCAGACCAGGAACAGCAGUGGAUGUGAAAAAAGGUCUCCUAGACUUUGGAAUUGAGAUUCUGGAACUGAAGGAGAUGGUGGACCAGUGGCCGACUAGAGCCCCACCAAAGCCAGAGAAGGGACAGAGAGGAGACAAAGGGGAAGCAGGACAAAGGGGACCCCCUGGGGUUGAUGGGCAGCGCGGUCUACCUGGUGAAAGAGGCCAGAAGGGUGAUCAGGGAGAACGCGGGCCCCAAGGGGCCACAGGACCCCCAGGGCGAGCCAUUGGGGAGCGUGGCGCUGAAGGUCCCCCGGGGCAGGCAGGGGAGCCAGGAAAACCUGGUAUACCAGGGGUUCCAGGGCGAGCGGGCGAGCUGGGCGAGGUCGGGCGUCCUGGAGACAAGGGCGACAGAGGAGAGAAAGGGGACAAGGGAGAUUCUGGGAAAGCUGGUGUAGCUGGAACAGCUGGUCCCCCUGGUCCCAAAGGAGACCCUCCAGAUCUGUCCAAAAUAGGGUCCAUUCCAGGAGUGAAGGGUUCAACAGGGGAUCCAGGCCCAAAAGGGGAACCAGGGCUCCCCGGGCCUGUUGGACCCAAGGGGGACAGGGGUUUUCCUAGCGCUCGUGGUGAGAAAGGAGACAGGGGUGAUGUUGGAGAGAAGGGCAGAGAUGGUUUUUCGGGGUCUCCAGGAGAACCAGGAAAACCAGGACAAGAUGGGAAACCGGGGCUGCCUGGGUUCCCUGGAGUGCUGGGGAGACCGGGAAAUCCCGGAGAGACAGGAGUAAGAGGACAGACUGGUCCCAUGGGAGGUAACGGGCCACCUGGGCCCCCUGGAGUCAAGGGGAACCAGGGAGAGCCAGGAGUGGGAGUCCAGGGGCCCCCAGGUCCCCAGGGCAACAUGGGAUUACCAGGACCUCCAGGGCCUCCAGGAGCAGUAGGUCCACAGGGGCCUCCAGGCUUGCCUGGACAAAUGGGUGAGGGAGGUAAGCCGGGCGUACCUGGCAGAGAUGGCGUGCCUGGCAAAGAUGGAACCCCAGGACUACCAGGGAAACAGGGUAUUGCUGGUCCUGUGGGCCCCUCAGGAGCAAAAGGCGAACAAGGAGACAGCGGACCCCCAGGAAAGGCUGUUCCAGGCCCUCCUGGUCUGAGAGGACAGCAGGGAUUACCUGGGGAGACAUUACCAGGGAUAGCUGGAGAGAGGGGACCGCCUGGAUUGCCGGGAGUGAAGGGAGAUAAGGGACCUGCAGGGGGCAAAGGAGAGAGAGGAGUCGGUGGGGAGCCUGGAGAUCCUGGAGAUGACGGUCCAAAUGGUUCACCUGGACCCAAAGGAGACAAAGGGGAGCGUGGAGUUGGGCUUGCAGGGCCCCCUGGUCAGCUGGGUCCCCAGGGAUUGAAGGGAGACCCAGGACUACCAGGCCCCCCUGGCCCCCCAGGGCCCCGCGGAAUUGCAGGAACUCCUGGUCUUGCUGGACUGAGGGGAGAGCUUGGGGCCGCAGGGCCCCCAGGGCCCCUGGGAGAGAGGGGUCAACAGGGAUUUCCAGGAAGAGAUGGUAACCCGGGACCUCCAGGUCCAAUUGGACCACCUGGCUUGGCGGGUUCUGCUGGUGCUGCUGGACUGAAAGGAGACAAGGGGGAUGUGGGUGUAGGUUUACCUGGAGCAAGAGGAGAGAGGGGAGACCCAGGUCCCAGGGGCGAAGAGGGGCGCAGUGGACAGGAUGGAGACAGGGGACCAGCAGGGACUCCAGGAACUAGAGGAGAGAGGGGAGAGAAAGGUGAACUAGGCACUCCUGGAGACAAGGGAGAAAAGGGUGAGACUUUGCUGCUCAGGGGUGAUCCAGGACCACUGGGAAAUAAAGGAGAAAAUGGAGACCGUGGACCCAAAGGCGUGCAGGGCGAGAAGGGGACGAAGGGACAGGAGGGCCCCCCAGGGGAACAGGGCCUCAGGGGGGAGCCAGGAGAGAGGGGCUCCAAUGGAUUCCCAGGGGCCCGAGGCCCCGGAGGACAGAAGGGGGAGGCAGGGCAACCGGGAGUUCCUGGAGAAUCAGGUUCAUCUGGCAAAGAUGGGCUUCCUGGGAUGAGAGGUGCCAAGGGAGAAGUUGGAAAUAUUGGGAUUCGUGGACCCAAGGGUGAGAGAGGGCCCAAGGGAGCUUGUGGAGCCGAUGGGGCCAAAGGAGAACGGGGGGAUUCUGGUAUCCCAGGACGACCAGGGCUGCCUGGAAGAAAAGGAGAGCAGGGAGAUAUAGGGCCCGCAGGGGCCACAGGAACUGCUGGAAAGGAAGGUCUGAUUGGCCCCAAGGGUGACAGGGGAUUUGAUGGAUUGCUGGGACCCAAGGGAGCUCAGGGUGAAAAAGGGGAGAGGGGCCCUCCUGGUGUGCCUGGCCCUCCCGGACCAAAUGGUGGAGAUGGGGCCCCUGGUCUAACUGGUGCUCAGGGGCUCGCUGGUGCGAAAGGCCCGGAGGGGCUUCAGGGACAGAAGGGUGAACGUGGCCCUCCAGGCCCUGCUAUGGUUGGCCCAAGAGGCAUUCCAGGUAUCCCAGGAGAGAGGGGGGAGCAGGGGGAAAUCGGUCAAGAUGGUGCCAAGGGAGACAAAGGAGUGCCAGGCAUGACGGAGGAUGAGAUACGUUCCCACGUUCGCUCAGAGAUGAGCCAGCACUGCGCAUGUGGAGGUAAGUUUUGUUCAGACUGAAAGCCGGAACAGGUGGGUGGGUAGCCUUGCUCAAAGCGGUUGUACAUUGGACACUUCAGUAGGUGCAACAUACAAAGAACUGAGUUUGCAUAUUUUAGGACCUCUGAAAUGUUUAUGAAUGGCGUAACUUAUGUCCAGUGUCGUAAGGUUCUAACCCCCCCCCCCCCCGCCCCGUAAGGUUUAAUAAGGUUACUGAUUCCACAAGGUUCACCGUAUGCCUAAAACACUCAGACGCAGACUAUUUCAACAUCAUUUUAAAUGAUAACAAAUUAACCAAUUUUUCUAUGGAAGAUGAGAGAUAAUUAGAUUUUCAUGUUACUCCUCAACUGCCAAUGAUGCAGUGGUGUACCCUCUGGAAAAACAAACCUUAGUGGACCAGGGGAAGAGUCUCUGAACAUGUGGAAAGCACCCCCAUCUCAAAGCAUCUCACUUCCUGUGUUCAUUAGAAAGUGGAGUGAUGUGGAAUUGGAUAUACAGGAACCACUCAGUCCCAGUUUAUUAACAACAAUAAUUUGUCACAUGCAUGUAAUAGCUUCCUAUGACUUAAUUGUAACUUACUAGUAGAAACAGACACCCUAAGGGUCUGUCAAGGCCAGAAGUACUGCUGAUUUGGUUUUCCCCUUGACAGUCCAUUGAUAUAUUACUGAUUGGCCAAAAAUUCCACUUAAACGGUGUCCCAGGUUUAAAUCGACUCCCUAAUAGAGGGGGAAAAUGAAAAUAAACAGUACUACUGGCCUUUUGAGCCAGAUCCAGGUAUUCCCGACACACAGCAAUGGAUACUCUCCAGACAGUAAGCAAGACCAGCCUAAAUAGGCUCAUUAGCCUGUUCUCACCAUCAAACAUUAUAAUGUUUUUAAUGAAAAAAGGGGGGCGUCCCUGCCUUCAUCCUAUGGUGUGCUCUCCUUCAGGGAGGGGUGAAACGUCGAGCUGGAUUAAUGGCUCAGGUUCACCACUACGCUCCCAUUCAUGGGCUUACCCACUGUGGCAAACCAAGUCUGUUGACACCGGU